AGAGGUCAGUAUUCCGGAGUCAAAGUACUGCUCUUUUCAUCAUUUCCGGUGUAGAACCAGAGCAGCAUGUCCUCGUGUUGAAGGAUCAAAACAUUUCCGGGGUUUUAUUCGCAGACAUGCGAUCUGCUGCAGUAGAAAAGGGAAAAUCAAUGCAAAUGACAUCCUGAAACCUGAACAAAAGCUCCAGUUACACCACAGAAGAUGGGCAAGCACAAGGAAAAGAAGCGGAAAAGCGGUGAUCUUUCGGAAACUGUUUCUGCUUCUCCUCCUGCCAGCGAAAAGCUUCAGAAAGGCCACGUACGAACAAAUAACGAUGCCGAAAGUCCCGUGACGGAUAUUUUAAAGAGCUUGGAAAGUUUCUCUAAAAAGCCAAAAAAGAAGAAAAAGAAAAAACAUUUAUCUGAGCAGGACGCCGGGAGUGAUGCCGAGGCUCCCCGGGAACACGUGAAGGUAAAACAGGAAGAGACUUUUAAGCAGGAGGCAGUAAAUGAUAUAGAGAUUGAUGAGCAUUUUGCAAAUACAGAGGAACCCACCAGGAAAAAGAAAAAGAGAAAAAGGGCAAAAGAAGUGAACGAAGCAACAGAGUCGGUGGCACAAAGCAAUGAAAACAGCGGAGAACCAUCCCCGAAGAAGAAGAAAAAGAAGCGGCAUGUGUCUGAUGAGAAUACUGCAGAGGAGGUCAAUUUAACAUCGAAAGGGACACAAAGCAGCGCAGACGUGGGGAAGAAAAAAAAACAUAAAUCGAAAGACAAGAAAGCGAGGCCGGUGUUCACCACACAAGAGACGUUUCCAAAAACCAGUCGGCAAAAUAUGAAAGAAAAUAACUCGGAAAUCGAGAUGGCGUCAGAGAGUCCACUGAUUGACCCGAACCUUCUGAUGCAGCUGAAAGAAUUUAUACCCGAUAUCGAGUCGAAGGAGCAGGUGAACGUCAGUAAAAUGAUCAAAUACGACUUACCACGAUUUCAGGAAUUUAAACAACAAGGCAUCUCUGUGAAUCACGGACGGUUCACAGCGCAAGAAAACGAGAGGCUGAGGAAGAAUGUCAAGGACUUCAUGGCUCUUACUGCGAUAGAUAAUCCCUCCAAGCUGUUUUUUACACAUCGCUUCAAGCAAGAACAGGAGAAUUUAAAGAGGCUCAAAGGACUGCAUAAAUUCUUUGAAAGGAUAGCGGAAGGAAUUCCCAGAUCCUGUUUUUACAUUUAUGCACGUGGGAGACGAAUGUUUGAUGAGCAGAACUACCAGGGAGAGUUUUCGAAGGCAGAACUUAAAAAUUUGAACAAGUUUCACACUUUACAUGGUAAUAAUUGGAAGAAGAUUUCAGAGUUAACCGGACGAAGUGCCUUAGCGCUCCAGAAACGUUACACACAGAUUGCCGAUAAGGAAGGCCCCUGGUCUGAGAAGGAGGUGCAGAGACUUUUGAGAGCUGUGCACGAUUAUAUAGUGAGCCAAAUUCCUGGUGGUGCCAACAGGAGAGGAUCAAUAAGAGUGAUGAAGGAAACGCUGUAUAAAAGGCUUCCCUUGCAAAAGAUUGCUAUGAAGGUGAAAACUCGCUCAUGGACGCAGUGCAGGGAAAAAUGGAUGGGAAUUUUAGCAAAGAAAAUGUCCUUUGGAUCCAUCCUCACAGAGAAGAAAUCUCUUGAUGUUCAAAUCAAACUCAUUAAAGGGAUGUAUGAAAUGGACAUAGAUGAUGCUGCCCGUGUCAACUGGGAGGACCUGACCGCACAGAUUGGGGAUCUACCUCCAGCAUAUCUGCAAAGAAAAUGGCACAAACUAAAAGUUUGCCAUGUGCCUCAAUGGCAAACAAAGGGUUUUGCAGAUACCAUUGACUUCCUGUAUGAGAACAUUCUGCCAAAACUUGAGCAGAAGCUGAUGUCCUAUCAGGACUUGGAUGAGACUCAACAUAAAGAAAAUGAGGAGAGCUAUCUUCUCUCAGACAUAUUCCAGGACAUUAAUGAGGAUGAAAACGUUGAUGAUGAUGAUGAUGAUGAUGAUGAGGAGGGCAGCAAAAACAAAGGGAACAAAAGAGAAAAAGGAACUCAGUAGAGGACAAAAACACUCAAUGGUUUCAUGCUCAGAUUUUUUUUUUAACAAUGUCCAAUUUUUGUAUAGAAGAAAAUGUGUUCACAUUUGAAAGUAUUUGUUUUAUAACUGGGCUUUAUAAAUAUGAAUUUUGUCAAAGAUUAUUUUAAAUGUAAAUCUUGUUUAGACCAAAUCACCCACUUUCUAAUGAUAUUCUCAAUCAAUCAUUUAGAGCAGUGUUGAGUAUAAUUCAGAAAAUUAAAUGUUUUCUUCUGAUUGCAAA